AGAGUCACACACGCACGCUUUCUAUCCUUGCGAUGCCGCUCCUCCGAAACCGGCUGUGCGGGUUGGCGCACUGCGCGCUGCCGCUGAUUGGUGCUCCAAUGCUGGGCUACAGCGAUGUCUCCCUCGCCCGCGCGGUCGCGAGCACCGGCGCGAUCGGCAGCGUGCCGUGCAGCGGGAUGGCACCCGGGCAGCUGUGCACUCUCGUGCAGGACAACGUCGAGCAUCGACUGUGCUACAACUUCUUCUGCCACCGCCCCCCGCCAGCGUCCAUGGCGAGGCCGUCGUCGUCGUGGGUGGGGCACCUCGCGAAGUACUACGCGGAGGAGGGCAUUGCGAACCCCGCCGAUGCCGUGCAGAAACGCUUUGCAGCGCUGCGGCCGACGCACUUCACAGAGGAGCAUCUGGAAGCGCUGCUGGCGGUGCAGGCAGGCUUGAAGGGCAGGCCGCCGUUGCUGCUGUCCUUUCACUUCGGGCUGCCUCCUGACGCCUUGUGGGAGCGCCUGCGCGCGGUGGCGGGGCCGGCGUUUUGCGUGUCGUGCUCGGCGACCACCGUGGAGGAAGCGGUGUACCUGCACCAGCGGCACGUGGACAUUGUGGUGUGCCAAGGCGCUGAGGCGGGUGGCCAUCGAGGCCUGUUUCUGCCAGGCAGCCGUGUCGAGGAGCAGCUGGGCACGUUUGCGCUGGUGCCGCAGGUGCGCGCGGCGCUUGGGGCGGGUGCCUGCCUGGUCGCGGCGGGUGGCAUCGUGGAUGCCGCCACGGCAAGGGCCGCCGUGGAGCUUGGCGCGGACGGUGUGCAGGUGGGGACGUCCUUCCUGCGCAGCGCCGAGGCCAAGACGUCGUUGGUGCACCGAGCUGCGUUGCGGGACGCGCGAGAGAGCGGCGCUCUGACGACGAGCAUCACCAACAUCCUGUCCGGGCGGCCGGCACGCGGGCUACGCAACCGUCUCAUGGCGGAGCUGGGCAGCAUGCGUGCCGACGGUCCCACGUAUCCGUUUGGUCCGGCCUACUUGCUGGACCUGCGCCAGAGAGCGGAAGCGUCCGGCCGCGGCGAUUACUCGCAGCUGUGGGCGGGCCAAAACCUGCGCGGGUGCACGGAAGGCCCCGCGGCGGACAAGGCCAAGGCAAUCGCGGCCGCCUUUGCCAACCUGUGA